GUAGGGACCGGCUUAGGCCAACAUGGACUGCACGUUUACUGAGCGCCUACUACGUGCAAAGCUCUGUUGGAGGCUGCAGAAUUCCCUGCUAGACUUGGGCUCCAGUUCCGCCUCCGCGUGUUUGGUUGUCAGAGCUCAAACGGGGCCCUUAGCUUCUCUGGGCCUCGACCUCCCCUUCUCACGCGCGGAGUCCCUACAUUCCCCGGGUGGCAAGAGAAGCGCAGCCAGGGUCCCCGGAGGAGGGAGGCGGCGCCCGAGGCAGAGCGAGGCCCAGCGCUCGCAUGGCCCGCAUGGCCAGGCCUCCUUGCCGGCCGCCAGUGUGAAGCCCUCAGAAGCCCCCAAGGAGCUCGUCAUCCCUUUAAUCCAGAAUGGCCAUCGCAGGCAGCCACUGACACAGGCCCCUGGGCCAUCCACAGAUACUGAGGCCUUGGCGGAUGGGAUGCUGUCCCAGGCUGUGAAGGAGCUCAUUGAGGAAUCCAAGAAGUCUCUGGAGGAGAGAGAAAAUGCGGGUGUGGACCCCACGCUUGCUAUCCCCAUGAUCCAGAAAGGAUGCACCCCUAGCGGGGAAGGGGCAGACAGCGAACGCUGGGCUGAGACGGUGCCAGAGGAGGCUGAUUACGAGGCAGUCCCUGUGGAGGCCUAUGGGCUGGCCCUGCUGCGGGGCAUGGGCUGGAAACCUGGUGAGGGCAUCGGCCGCACCUUCAAUCAAGUGGUGAAGCCCCGUGUCAACUCCCUGAGGCCCAAGGGGUUAGGACUGGGCGCCAACCUGACUGAGGUCCAGGCUCUGGCCCCCACUGGCCCCCACCGCCUGCCCAGGCCAGAUGAGGAGCAAGAGAAGGAUAAGGAAGACCAGCCCCAAGGACUGGUGCCUGGAGGAGCUGUGGUGGUUCGUUCUGGCCCUCACCGAGGCCUCUAUGGGAAGGUAGAAGGCCUUGAUCCUGACAACGUACGGGCCAUGGUUCGUCUGGCCGUGGGGAGCCGCGUGGUGACUCUCAGCGAGUACUACCUGCAGCCUGUCUCCCAGCAGGAGUUUGACAAGAACUCCAUGGAGCUCAGCCAGAGGAACAGAAGUUCCCCAGGGCAACAGAACGGAACAGCCUCAUCGUGGAAGGCCCUCCGGGAUCAGGACCUCCACAUCCGGCAGGAGGACUCAGAGAGGAAGCGGAAACACCUUCCAGACCGACAGGAUGGGCCUGCAGCCAAGAGUGAGAAGGCAGCCCCCAGGAGUCAGCACUGGUUGCACAGGGACCUGCGUGUGCGGUUUGUGGACAAGCUGCACAAGGGUGGCCAGUAUUACAACACCAAGAUGACAAUUGAAGAUGUUCUGAGCCCAAGUACCUGUGUGUGUCGGACAGAUGAAGGCCAGGUCUUGGAAGGCCUGAGGGAAGACAUGCUGGAAACCCUGGUCCCCAAGAUCGAAGGCAACCGGGUGAUGGUGGUGCUGGGGCCAAAGGCUGGAAGGGUGGGCCGUCUGCUGGGCCGAGAUGGAGAGCGGAGCCGGGCUCUGGUGCAGCUGCGGAGAGAGAAUCGGCUGGUGGAGCUUCACUAUGAUGCUGUCUGCCAGUACGUGGGCCCCAGUGACUCAGAGGAAGACUGACUCCUGGACCCUCUCUUGUCCCCCAGGCUGUUCCCAGUUCUGUACAGUGUGAAAAGCUUGCCUUCGUGAAGGUGGGAGGUCAUUGUUGCGCUUUCCACUUGCGGUACAGCCCUGGGACAGGGACAGGGCACAAGCUGGAUGGACCAGAAGGGAGGCUAGAAACAAACCCUGUAUUUACCAGAAGUUAGUGUCUAAUAAAACCUGUUUCAAAUACUUAGUAAAAUGAAGA